UCUUCUUCUUCUUCUUCUUCGCCAUAGCCAAGCUGCUGUAAUUUGUUGUUCGUUUGGAGGGCUGCCAAUUAAUUAAGCCAUUGAAGCUUGUUUCUCAAAGUGGGCUCUUUAUAGUUUGUCACAACAUAAAAAGCAUGAAUUCGACUUCCUCACAGUUUGUGCCUUCAAGAAGAAUGGGCUUAUAUGAGCCAGUUCAUGAGAUGGUCAUUUGGGGAGACUUUAAUCAUAAAAACUUGCUCGACCCAUCUCCAUUUUCGAUGUUAGAAGUCGAUACUAACUUGGAUAAUCAGUCAGAGGAUACUUCUCAUGGGACUGUAGGACCUUCAAAUCGAUAUGAUCAAGAAACAAGUAAACCAGACGAUAAGAUACGCAGACGCUUAGCGCAGAAUCGUGAGGCUGCUCGUAAAAGUCGCUUGCGGAAAAAGGCAUAUGUUCAGCAGUUAGAAAAGAGUAAGAUGAGACUUAUUCAGGGUCUAUCUGUAAGCAGUGGUACAGAUAUUGGUCAGCUUGGUGGAAGUAUACACCCAGAUAUUGCUGCAUUUGAGAGGGAAUAUGCACAAUGGAUCGAAGAACAAAAUCGACAAAUCUUACAACUGAAAAAUGCUCUGCAAUCCCAAACUAAAGAUGAAGAGCUAUGUAGAUUAGUUGAUUGUGUAAUGAUGCAUUAUACGAAUCUCUUUGCAAUGAAAGCCAAAGCCUCAAAAGCUGAUGCAUUUUACAUCAUGUCUGGCUUAUGGAAAACAUCGGCCGAACGCUUUUUUCUAUGGAUUGGAGGAUUUCGCCCUUCGGAACUCUUAAAGGUUCUUUGGCCACAUCUCGAACCCUUGCAAGAGCCACAAUGCAUGGAAAUUAGCAAUCUCAGACAAUCGUGUCAGCAAGCUGAGGAUGCCUUGUCGCAGGGUAUGGAGAAAUUGCACCGUAUUCUAACCGAGACUAUAGCCGAGGGCUCACUUGUUGAAACAAACUACCUCCAUCAAAUUGGAGCCACCAUCGAUAAGUUGGAAGCUCUCGUCCGAUUUGUGGUUCAGGCUGAUCAUCUUAGGCAAGAAACCCUACAACAGAUUUCUCGAAUUCUGAGCCCUCGACAAGCGGCUCGAGGCCUACUGGCUCUGGGGGAUUAUAUGCAACGCCUUCGAGCUUUGAGUUCUUGUUGGUCCUCACGUACCCGCCAACAAGCGGCCUAAGGAUUACAACCCAUUCAAACCUCUAAACAGAUAUCAGUUUCAUAGUAACACAUUAUUCACAUAUAGAAUGUAAUUUUUCUUU